CCACACAAACACCGCCGGGACCUGUAUUGCCACCCUCGAAAUGGCUAACAUCCUCAGGCUCAAUAGCCACCCAACCACGCUUCGAGCCUCGUGCUAUCGAUCAGCCCGCUUCCCUACCAACGUACGCUUCUCCCAGUUCGCUGACCAUUGUCCUCUCAAAUUGAGCCUUCGUUUGAUAUGCACCGGUAUGGCCAGGCGCCUCGCCGCAGUAUUUAUGGUCGCAAGGCGUACUUGGGUGCAGCCGUCUCGCUCAAGUAGGUCCUACGUUCCUGCCGAACCUACGCUACCCCUGCGUUCUGCGCCACAGUCGUCCGAGCCCCAGGUUUCUCGCCUCCUCCGCCAGCAAUAUCCAUGGAACCUCUCCAUCUUCACGCACCUAGGGCGACGUCAGAACCUCUUAACCUCAAGAGAGCCUUAAUGGAGUGGAGGCAGAACUUGGCCGACGAAUCACACUCGCUUGACGAUACUAUGCAAGCCCCGGAGGCCACAACAUCGUAUAGCGCGGCGCCGCAAUUCCAGACCGCGCCACCUGCAGACACACGCUCGCACCUCGACGAGUGGACGGAGGCUAUGGUGAUCGUCCAAAUAAAGCUGAUCCGGUCGAAGCUUGCGUAUUUCCGGAUGCUGCUCGACCAAGCGACAUUGGACACAGAACAAAGGACUGCGUUGCAAGAGUUCGCGUCGGAACUGCGCGCCACAAUGGAGGCCCUCGAGGCUAAGAGCCUCACCGGCGGUGACAUAGCAUCCGCGCAAGGCGUCUGGCCGGGGUCACCCUCUGAAGAAGACAUCACGGAGAUGUCGUUUGAUUCCUCGUCAGCGGGUGGGUCGUCGUCGGAUGUCUCUUUGUCUUUGCCUCCGGACUUCGACGUGGAGGCCCUCUUGUCUGGUGGAGCGACGCGGCUGGACGGCAGCUACGUCCCCUCAUCCUACGAAUCGUCGCUAUCAAGUCAACUUGAAGAUGCGCUCCGAAACCCCGCGACAGCACCGAUGUUCGACGUAGGAGCUUCGUACCCUCCCCAACAACCUCUGCAAGCCCAAGUCGGUAGUACAAGCUACAGCUACACACUAUCUCAAGUGCAAGUCUCCGUCUCCAGCAGCGUCUACAACGUCCGAAGCGACAGCGAUUCGUCGUCGUACGCGCCGCAAGCAAUACCUUGGUACAUGGACUACUCGCAGUGGACGAAUGUCCCCCACGACGACUCAAGCUCAGAGUGCAACACCGCCGCGACGUUCUCGUCGGCCUCGCCCUGGGAUACCGAGUUCCACAUGCCUGGGGACUUCAACGACUACAAUCAGCACCAGCAGGACUUUAACUCCACCGUCGCAAGCAACGGCUCACUCCCGCUCUACGAUGUCCAGUCAACCGCUAGUAGCAUGAGCUUCGCAAGCGACGGGGCUACCGCGGCGCAGUUCCCGCACGUCGACUCGACCGCGCAGGUCCCAGGAUGGUAUCAGGCGCGCGAGUUCCAGUACGCGAUGGGGGAUGGACGACUGCUGGCAGUCCACGGAAUGGAUCCGUCGUCCCCGCACUCUUGGUCGUCGAAUAUGUCGGAGUGCUCGAUCGUUCUUUAACUAUCAUUAUUCACUUUGCGCUACAUCGUUUGUUCUGCCGUGCAGCCUAUGACUUGAUAUGUCACCUUCCUGUCAACAUGCUAUUCAGUACUAGUAUCGCUAUGCAUUCCAUAUGUCAUUCGAUUUAUGCUACAGGUCCAUUGUAGUUGAGAGACGUACCGCACGUCAUCAAAUUCAAUUCGGCUCAGUCAAAUUCA